CUCGCUUUAGAAUUUGGUUUGUACUCGGGGGAAAAAAGCUUUCAGCGUCGUCGGUAACCACUGCCUUUUGAUCCUCCGAGGCGACGCGUCCAUGGGUGCCAAGGAGCAUCAGCACGGGCGGCGGCGCGGGGUGCUGGACCUGGAGGCGCAGUUCGCCUUCUUCCGGUCGCAGCACCGGCACCCGGUGAACGCGGCGGCGCACGCGCUGCUCACCGGGCCCAUCCUCUUCACCAACCUCCUCAUCCUCCACUUCCUGCCCCUGCCGCUCCCGUCCCAGCUCGACGACCCCGCGCUCGCCCUCGCCCUCGCCUACGCCGCCGCCUACCUCGCCGUCGACCGCCGCGCGGGCGCGCUCGCGGGGCUCCUCUUCCUCGCCGCCUGGGCCGCCAGUCGCGCCCUCGCCGAGCGCCUCGGCUUCGUGCGUUCCUGGAAGCUCGUCCUCGCCACCCAGCUCUUCUGCUGGACCUGGCAGUUCCUCGGCCACGGCCUCUUCGAGAAGAAGGGGCCGACUGUGAGUGACCUUCCUGAGGUGUUCUUGAUGGAGCCAUUCCUCAUCUUCCUGCAGAUACUGAACAAGCUGUUUGGCUAUGAACCCUACCCUGGGUUCUGCAAGAAUGUGGACAGGAAGAUAGAGGCUGAUCUCAAGGAGCGGAGAGAGCUCGAGCAGAGGAAGGCAACCUGAUCGAUCAGAUUAGUAUUGAUCGAUUGGAGCGGUGCGAAAUUGUAUCAUCUAUACAGUAGCAUGGUUCCUAGCAUUUGUGUUGUUUGUCAGUCGUCAUAUCAUUGUAGAGUGGAGUAAACAGCCGAAUUAUGCGCGUUGCGUUAAGCUUGAAGCCUUGCAGAUUGACAGGGAGAAGAUACAGCAAGAUUUUAGAAAUUCUGCGCGAUGUGAAAUCUCAGAUUGCCACUCUGAAUGUUCAUGGAAGAUUAUCUUCUAGCCAUUUCGUCCAACACCUAGGGGCAAUCAGACCCAUUUUAUGUAUCCGCUACACCACCACGUUGGCCUGAGUGGUGCUCAACUACUCAUGCACAUCCCUCUGAACUUUGAACGGGAGAUGUUUCAGGUUUCAGUUUUCA